UGUGAUUACUCAGAAUAUUUAUGUUUAGCUGAAUACUGAAGGUAGCAGCAGCCAGAAGUGAAAGGGAUGGGCCAUAGAUGCUGCACCAAACAGAAAGUGAAGAAAGGGUUAUGGUCUCCUGAAGAAGAUGAAAAGCUUAUCAACCAUAUCACUACCUAUGGCCAUGGAAGUUGGAGUUCUGUCCCAAAACUUGCUGGCUUGCAGAGAUGUGGCAAGAGUUGCAGAUUGCGAUGGAUAAACUACUUGAGACCAGAUCUUAAGAGGGGUUCCUUCUCUGCACAAGAAGAGCAGAUUAUCAUUGAUGUUCAUAGAAUUUUAGGUAACAGAUGGGCUCAAAUAGCAAAACAUCUACCGGGAAGGACAGACAACGAGGUUAAGAAUUUUUGGAAUUCAUGCAUAAAGAAGAAGCUCAUCUCACAAGGCUUGGACCCAAAAACUCACAACCUAAUCCCUUCUCGUCAGAGAUCCAACAAUAAGUUUGCUCAAGCUCAAGCCAUUAUACUCCAAUCUCACCAACAGCCUUUCUCCAUUAUCACUGUGAAUUCACAGAUGAGAGAUGUUUCCAUGGAAAUGAACUCACCAAUUCUGACACCACCUGCAGCUCCUCCUGAUAUCACCCAACAACCUUCGUCGCUGCAGACCUCGUCGGGACCCUCCAUAUUCACCUCUGGUGAUCAUCAAAACCCUAAUAUCCUUUGGACUGCCAAUGGCCGCCAAAACUCCCUUGAUUCUGCCGUUUUCCCAUCCAUUCAGAGCACUCUCAUUUCUCGUGCAUCUUCUCCGGUGAAUGGUCUCUUAGAUGAAAAUUUCUCUUGGGGUAGUAAUCCCAUUGGUGAGAACUUUGAAGCUCCAAGAAUGGAAGUUGUGAAAGCACAGGAACAAGAAAAUAACCAAGCUAAGGAGAACGUGGAUGCAGCCAACGGUGUCCAAGACAUGGAUGCUUCAUUUGACAGCUCUUGCUUUGGUCUUGACUUUGUGGAAUCUACAUUGUUUUCCAGUUCGAUGUGUCGAGAACUCAGUUCUAUGGAUGAUCUUGCAUGGAACUUUUAGGCCUCCACAUGUGUGUGUGUGUAAAAUUACUGCUUACUCUGAGAAGGUUUUGCUUAAGUUCCAUUCCAAAUUAUUUAGAAGAAAAAUAUCUUCUAGCUGAUUAACAAUUCAUGUAAAAAUAAUUUCCCGUUUACGUUCAAUAUUU